GGCAGGGCAUUCGGAAGGCGCCGUCCAUCGUCCGUCUGACCGUCCCCCUGAGGAUCCGUCGCUGACUGUGGCUCCUCUGCUCCCCUCAGUACGUGCUGCCGCACGCGCCGCCGCCGCAGCCGGUGCAGCCGGCCGGCGACCGUUUCGUGGAGUCCGCCGUGAACAACACACUGCCGGCCGCUGGAGCCGUGCCGGCCAGCACCGGUUCCGCGUUCGGUGCGCCUCCGCCGCCGGCGCAGCAGGCCGCCAGCCGCCCUACGUGUGUUCGACAGGGAGACCAACAAUCUGUACGUCGACAUGAUCAUCGCGGUGACGUUCGCGUUCCGCGUCGCCGAAGCACGGACACGAGCGCGUCUGCGCGUGUCGCGCUGUCCCGUGCACCACGUCAACACGCCGGUGCGGCCGCUGUCCCCACCCACCGGCUGCCCGAGCUCGAGUGCAACAACGGCGCCGGCAGCUUAUCGACCACGUCAUUCGCGCCGAGCACGACGAUGCUGUGUACCAGGAGGGAGGCACCACAAAGGAGCGUCGCAGCGUGGUGGUGCCGUACGAGCGACCGCCGCCGGGCACCCUCGACUACCUGGUCUCGUACCGGUUCUGCUGCAUGAACACCUGCGUGGGUGGCAUCAAUCGGCGCCGCCUGAUGGUCCUGUUCACCCUGGAGGACUCGAGCAACGGAGAGGCGUUGGGCCGACAGUCCGUUGAAGUAAAAGUGUGCAAGUGCCCACACCGUGACGCGCGCACCGACCGGAGCCGCGCGCUGCCCAAGCAGCGCCGGCCGGCGUCCUCGCCCGACCCUCAGGAGCCGCCGGCGCGCCGUCCGUGUCCGGCCGGCCGCCUAGUCGUCGAGGUGGACGACAUGAUCGAAUACGACCACCUGAAGGCCGUGCUGGCGUCGUUCCGCGCGGCGCGCCGCGGUCUGCUGAGAGCCCGCUCCACCAGUGACAGCGCCGCGCCCGCGCUGCCGGCCUCCGUCAGUAGCGAUACGACCAGCAGCGAGCGGGAUUCCCCUGCUGAGCGGCGCACGCUGUUCAAAACGGAGGCGCCCUGACUGAGCUGAGUGCGCCGUCUGAUAGUGACGUUAGCCGAGGCGAGGAAGAUGUCGCUACUUUGAUCGCCGGUAGUUGACACUGCUGUCGCUACGACCGGCCCUUCAUUGUCGUCGAAGGAAGGCGAACGGAGGCGAUGAGCUGCUUGAGAGCUUGUUGCCAUCGAGAGUCUUUCAGUGUAUAUAGCUGGUUUGGUCCUUUUGAUUGGCUUACGCCCGGAGUGGUCCGUUUUGAACGCAGUGAUACUCUGAGCUGGAUGAUAAGUGUUAUUGAUAAGUGUUAUACGUGUCAACAACCAUAUUUGCUGUAUGGAUGUUUUGCAACUAGCUAGCAGUACGUGUAUGUGAGAUUAACGCUACCACAGCUUCAAAAAUAUAUGUGCUUUGAAGAGAUGAA